AUGGCUACAGGGGAGCAGAGGCAACAGGAGCGACGCCGGCAGAGGGCUCGGCAGCAAGAGCUGCUCCAGCCAGAGAUCCUGGGCAAGCACCCCCUGCAGAACAGGUGGGCACUGUGGUUUUUCAAGAAUGACAAGAGCAAGAUGUGGCAGGCAAACCUGCGCCUCAUCACCAAAUUUAGCACUGUGGAGGACUUCUGGGCGCUCUACAGUCACAUCCAGCUCGCCAGCAAGCUCGCAGCUGGCUGUGACUACUCUCUCUUCAAGGAUGGCAUUGAGCCCAUGUGGGAGGACAGCCAGAACAAGCGUGGUGGGCGCUGGCUCAUCACCCUGGCCAAGCAGCAGCGGCACACUGAGCUGGACCGUUUCUGGCUGGACACAAUGCUGUGCCUCAUUGGGGAGAUGUUUGAUGAGUACAGCGAUGAGGUGUGCGGGGCUGUCAUCAACAUCCGCACCAAGGGGGACAAGAUUGCCAUCUGGACCCGGGAGGCAGAGAACCAGGAAGGCGUCACCCACAUUGGGCGUGUCUACAAGGAGCACCUGGGCCUGUCACAGAAGGUGGCCAUUGGCUACCAGGCUCACGCGGAUACAGCCACCAAGAGCGGCUCCCUUGCCAAGACCAAGUUUGUGGUGUGACUGCAGGGAGAGUGGAGAGCUGCCUAAGAAGUUCCCAUGUACUGUUUCACAAUGAAUUUCUGCAUCUGAGCAUGAUCUGUCUCUCCAGGGCUCUUGGCAACCUAGGGUGGCUCCUGUUUGUUGGGGAGGUUUCCUGGGAGGGAGAGGAUGAUGUGCCAUAUCCUGGUCUCUUCAUUCUGGGUGAGCAGGGACAGAAGCACAGA